AUGGCUGUACCCCCGCCAGAUAGCUCUUACACCCCACCUCACACUCCCUUGAUCGAAGAGUCUCCAUUCAUCAGCGACUCUAUGGAGGAUCUUGAUCCUCAGGCGACCCGGAAACGUCCGCGUCUCGACAGUGGAAGUCGCGUCAGUCCGACCUUGUCGUUGGAUGGAACCUCGCGUACUGCCUCCGUCGCACCUGCCUCCGACAUGGAUGAGGCCUCGGAUUCUGGAAAUCCAGCUAACAAAGUCACCAUUAACACAAAAUCUCCUCCAUCUGUCAUGGCUCCCGACCUCCCUCCCUCCGACCCUGAGCUCCCCGGUAGCGAUCUGGAGCUCCUACCAGAUACCGACGUAGCUCCCAAUCCCAUUUCACUUUCCUCCUCAUCCUCCUCACCCCGAAGCCCUGAAAUCGAAGUUGCUGAACCGGAAGACAUCAAUCAAGACCCGAAUACCUCAAACUGGAAGUCACUGGGCCAAGUGGUGCGGGAUCAAGAUGAGCCCGAAGUGAUAGAGAUCCAAGACAUGGCUCCUCUUUUCGACUCGUUCCCCAAAGUACACACUGAGAUGACACCCCGAGAGAACUUCAAGGCGCUUGGUGAUAUGCUUGAACAUGGACACCCACGGGAAGGCACGGCGCUUGUUACAAUAAAACAAUGGCUUCACACUUGUGCGCGCGAUAUUGAGCGGCUCACAAUCGAGGAAUUUGCGUCGGAUCUAGAUUUCUGGGAAUAUUUGCCCUCCGUCCUGGACCGUCUUUUGCGCAGACAACAAGACCUGCAAUUGGAUGCUAUUGAAGAUCUCUCCGGCUUUUUCGAGCAAUAUCUUCUCGAUUAUUCCCGCAUCGUCCUUCAUCUUGUUCGCUUGGACACCACGCUUCUCAGUGCCGUUGAUGAAGAUGACGAAGAUGUCGAAAUUCCUCCAAGCACCUGUCGACGAUAUCUUCAUAGCUUUUCUUGGAUGUUCCAUGGCAACCAAAUUCCCUUUUUCCGGGUCCUGGAAAAUCAGUCCCGCACUGGAACUUGCAAUCUUUCUGCUCGACUGAAAGCUCAGGUCUCAGCCCCUCCGUUUGAUGCACCCGGCGCCCUCGUUCAAUACGCUUCGCACCUGCUUGCAUUGCUUCCGAAGUGUCCGCAAAUCGUCACCAUGCUUCCAGCCCCUUUGGUCAACAUGCUCGCAUUGUUUGAAUGCGACACGGAGAUUGACCAAAAUGGUGGUUCUGAUUCUCCCGUUGACCUGUCUGUCGAUUCAACCAGCCUUCAGCCUUUUUACGAUACCGUUCGAGGAAUCGACAAAGUAUACAACACGUUUGUCGAAAAGAAGUCGCAACUGGCCACCAGUGAAUUGAGCGAUAGUCUUCUGAACCCAAUUUUCCGCAGCUACCGUUUCCUUUGCUUCGGUUACUCGGAAUUUUUGCUUCAACUUGCCCAAGAAUUGUCGAUCCAAGUACCCGAGGAGGCAGAUGCAGAGCAAGCCGCUUUGUGUGUUAUUUGGACAUGGAAAUUCGAUACCUUGAAAAGGCAAAUCAUGGAAGGUCGAAUGGAGCUUCGUGUCCACGGCGUUGAAAUGAUGCAAUCGGAUUUGGUUAGCAUCUGGGGUCAAAAUGUAUCCCAGAACCGCGAGGGGAUCGAAUCGCCGUUCCUGAAAUACUUGGUUGAAUAUCUUCGAGAAAACAAGAUCCUCGAUUAUCUUGUGGGCAUUGACUCACACCCACAGUUGAUCAGCCGCAGCAGUAACAUCUUUGGGUUUCUGAUCGUGACGGCGAAAUACACCGACCAUGACACGGAUGUUAUCUGGAAAACCGUCACCGAGAGCCAAGAUGAUCGCACUGUCUGUGAGGUCAUGUCCAUGCUCGCACGAACCUUUGCUAUGCAUCAGUCGAGGUCUAAGGCGUUGCUCUAUGUGUGCUCAAAAUUACUUGAGUUUCCCUUGGAUCGCUUCGACAGUCGGAUAAUCGAUUUCUGUGAGCAGCUGGUGCCUCGAAUGCGCGAACGGCCCGUGGAUCGCGAUCGGGACUACCGCAACAUGUCCGGUGAUGAGAAUAUCGAUUCUAUUCCACUGAAGCUCUGCAUCCGCCUAAUCCGGGAGAGCUCGGGGGCGAAGGACCUCCCACUGGAACAAAAGGAACUUAUGCAGGGAUUUGGAACCGAGCAGCUGGGACAGUUCAUCAAGGCUGGACUCAACGAAACCGACAUGGCAGAGACAUAUGAGCGCUGCAUUCAAGACAUUGGAGAGAUGAAUGAAUGCACUGCGGGCAGCAUCCAAGUUUUGAAUGCACUAGUACCCCGUGAUGAUGCACGAGAACUUUGGAAACUUGCGACUGAUUUCGACUUGACGCGCUUGGUGAUAAUCGAACUUCACCAUCUCGUUACUCAAGACCACGCUAAGCUCAAGGAUCCGUCUGCCAAACACGGCUUUUCCUCGCGGGUGGAAAUCCUGCGGCGUCUUAUUGAUCUGGCCCCAGAGACUAUCACACCUGAUCUCGGGAAUACGCUCUGGAAGGAGAUUUUCAUGUCCGAGAACCUGACUCCCGAGGAGCGUCAAACGAUUUGGAAAAUGAUGGUUGAUCUCACCAACCGUACCAUCAAAGAGAACCCGUUUCUCGAACUAUGCACCCAUGAGUAUCUACCAGCUGUGCUUCCAAAGGACUACUCGCGCGAGGUGUUAUGGUUCGCUCAACAGUCGGUUCACUACGAGAUUCGAAUCAAAUCACCUCCCAUUGUCGGGGAAAAUGAAGUCAUAUCUAUUCCUGGAAUGGAUCGAAUCUGGAACUUCAUACUGACGGCACCCCCACAAUCGAUCGAAGCCGAGGCCAUCAAGUUCGCUAUCGAUAGCUAUCUGGACCACGGUAUUGUUCGCAGAUCCCCCCGAUCGGCUAUCGACGCUACUCAUAUUGCUCUUGUCAAUCGCUGCGUGGACCAACUGAAGUCUGCCGCUGUCGCGUUGAAACCAUCUUGCAAUGGAACAGCCGAUGACGAUGUUUCUAUGGAUAUCGGCAAUUCCAAUGGCGAUGUCGGAACCGAUGAACUUAUGUUCAGCCGGUCUUUACAUUUCCUUCGUCAAUUACUCCAUGGAUUGCGAACUCGGCCGCAGUAUAGCUCACCUCGUGGCUCUCCGCCUACCCUCCCGGAACGUCCCCUGAAAGGCGAACCCAUUGAAUUUCGAUAUCAAUGUUUCAAUGGCGCUUCCAUGUCCAAAAUCUGUUCAAAGCGCAUUGGUGGUCUCUCCACGGCUGCCGAGCUUGUGGAAAUGCUCGUGCAACUGAGUCGAUUCUCUAAGUUUACUGCUAUACUCGGUGGACAGAAGGUCGAGUUGCUGCAAGAUCCAGAGGCACUUGUGAAAGACUUAAAGCUCUCUUCAGGUUUACUCAUUCUUCGAAAGGCCCCCGAUGCCCAUGAAAUAACGUGGUCUGGGAGACGGCAGUCUCUGACAGCAGUGGACAACGAAGUGCUGAAGCACUUCGACGAGCUGUAUGAUAUGCUUGACCUCAAGGAUGAUUUGGCUCGACAGAUAAUUGACUUCCUGGUUGUCUUCCCGCCUCAAGUGCGGGCCCUCGAACUUGUUCGAUCCAACAACAAUACCGAGAAAGACAUGUUCCCGUUGCAAAGACCCUUCAAGGCCUUGUACUCCUUGAAUACAUUGUCAAUGUGUCUCCACGAGGAGGCUGCAGAGAUGUCUCCAGACCAAGCUUUUGUGUCUCAUAGCAACCGGGUUUUGGUUGCGUUCCUCACGUCAGAUGAAUUGUUCAGCUCUCUCUCCGGUAACUCGAUAACCACUGUCCUCGCCACUAGAGCCAUCGAAUGCCUUCUGCUGGCUAUAUCUGUCUAUCGCCCGACUGAUGAUGAGUCCGUUCUUAUUACCGAUCCAAUGUCUUUGGUCCGACGCGUUCUUGACCUGCUUGAAAUUGGCCGCACCGGUCCCACAGAUCCACCGGUUGGUACAUGCGCCCAAAGUUUGAUUUGCAAUUCUUUUGCGGUCCUAGUCGAGGGCUCAUUGCGCGACCUUAACGUCUGGAACGCCGUUAAACAGCAUGCGGAGUUUGAUGGCUUGAUCCUAUCUCUACUCCUGGAAGAAGAGCGGAAGCCAAUCCGGACUGAUAUUUUGGAACGCUUGAAGAUAAUCUGUGGCCCGCUGAAACCGUUUAAGCUGUCAAUGAAAAAGCCCGAUACGGAAUCUCCUACUGCGGAAAAUCCCAACCGGAUCGACAUGCUUGCCACUAUUUGGUCUUCAUUUUUGCAAGUGAUCCCCAAGACCAUUGAACAUGUUCCCCAGUCGGAAGAGUUCUUCCACGCUGCUUUAUGGAUGUUCCGCACAGUCGCACAGAAAUCGCCUCUGGACUUGAUAUUCAACGAGUAUCUUCAACAAUGGAGUGCAGUUAUGCUCACUCACCAAACAGAAGAGUUUGUUGGGCGUGAGCCGGCAGAUAAUUUGAUCAUCGGGUUUUCUGCUUUGUUAGAAUGGUGUCUGGAAUUGGCCAACGCCGCGGGCGUUACUUUGGUCACUUUGAACAUCGCCGAGGAAAUAUUCAACAAGUACCUGUUCCCAGAUUUCUCUCCAGACACGGUGGAACAUGCAGUCCCUCAGGUUCCAGUCAUGCACAGCUACACUCGAUCGAGUCUUUACAAUCUUGUGAGCUUGUUGUGCAAGCAGAGCGAUGAGACUUAUUGUCAAGUUUUGGAGCUCCUCAACACAAAUGUUCCACGAGACUCCCAUUAUCUGGAAUAUGCCUACAAUAGAUCGCUAAUGCUCCGGUCCCCGGAAGGCUAUGCGGGCCUCAAGAAUCUCUCGAACACAUGUUACUUGAACUCCCUCAUGACCCAGCUUUUCAUGAAUAUUGAGUUCCGAGACUUUAUCCUGAAUCUCCCCAUUGCUGAUCGGAUAUCUCAAAAGCUACUCUAUGAAACCCAGCGCCUGUUUACAUGGAUGCAGGAGACUUGGAGCAAGAGCAUUGAACCCUCAGACUUUGUGAAAAGCAUUCUCACAUACGACAACGAGGAGAUUGAUGUGACCGUCCAGAUGGACGUUGAUGAGUUCUACAACCUUCUCUUUGACCGCUGGGAGGCUCAGGUUCUCGAUACCGAAAAGAAGAAGACGUUCCGGUCUUUCUAUGGAGGGCAGCUUGUUCAGCAAAUCAAGUCAAUGGAAUGCGAUCAUAUCUCGGAAAGACUAGAGCCAUUCUCUGCGAUUCAGUGCGAGAUCAAGGGGAAAGCGACUCUUGAAGACAGUUUGCGGGCCUACGUGGCAGGGGAGGUGAUGCAGGGAGACAACAAAUACUCUUGUACCUCAUGUGGCCGGCAUGUAGAUGCUGUGAAGCGUGCUUGUCUGAAAGAUGUUCCUGACAAUUUGAUCUUCCACCUGAAGCGGUUUGACUUCGACAUGGUGCACAUGCUGAGAAGCAAGAUUAAUGACGAGUUCCAAUUCCCUCACCACAUCGACAUGACUCCCUACACGGUCGAGCAUCUCUCUGACCCGGAGCAGAAAAUUGCACCGGAUAUCUUUGAACUGGUUGGGGUUCUUGUGCACACUGGUACGGCCGAAUCGGGCCACUACUACUCAUAUACCCUUGAACGUCCCUCGUCUGGCGGCGAAGCAAAUUGGGUCGAGUUCAACGACUCCGAUGUCGGCAAAUUCGACCCUAGCACAAUCGCAGGUCAAUGCUUUGGUGGUCCGAGUGAGACGAUGCAGUACAUGAAUGGAGCACCUAAGAACAAAGUGUGGAAUGCAUACAUGUUGUUCUACCAACGCGUGUCCACGAUCGAGAAGUCCAAAGAAAUCUUCAAGCCAACGAAGCCCAACCUCCCUAUACACCUCCCGGUAUCAAUUUCGACCCAGAACUACAUUGCCAUGGACAACGAAAUGCUCAUUCGGAUUUACUGUCUUCUGGACCCACAAUACGCAUACUUCGUGGGCAGAUUGCUUCAGCGGUGGCCCGACAUGGCAACAGAAAAUGUCAACAAGACUAGGGCAGAGUCAUUGGCCAUCAAUGUCGGAAUGGACACCAUUGAACAAUUGGUUACGCGUACUAAGCAUUACCAAGGACACCAGGAGGUUUACAGCGAACUCGUCGACAUGAUCAACAAAAGCCCCAAUGCGGCUCAAUCGGCUCUUGAGUGGGUUAUUAAUCGGCCAACCUCAAUUUACAAUCUUAUGAUCAAGACGCAGAACCCGGAAAUCCGAAGCAAGGGAAUUUCGCUUGUCAAUUAUGCCCUAAACCAUCUCCACUUGAUGUCCACAAGCCAGGAUCUCGAUGAAGAUGAACGGAUCUCAUGGCGCGACCGAUUCGAUGAAGCCAUUCAGCAGAUUGUGCCCAUGGUGACAGCUCUCUGGACCGACGUUCAAUCCCUUUUGCGAAUUUGGGAUGACUACUUUGGCAUCUUAUUGAAGUUUUGCAACUAUGGCCCAGAGAUCAUCCAGGUCUUACUCGACCAAGGUCAUUUUGCUGCCUGUCUGGAGAUUCUCUGGAUCGAUGAGGACGAUACGAAGAAGCUGCGGAUCCGGUAUCCCAAUUAUGUGCGCCUCUUGAACAAAGGACGUCGGUUCAACCAUCUGAUUUUGCUGUCAUUGUGCUUGGUCUUUCUCAAGCACGUUGACCUUUCGCUCCGUCCAACUCCCAUUGGUGGACAACGGCGGUUUUUGAAUGGCAAGUUCUCAACCAGCGCCAGAGAAACGGAACUCAUCAAGGACGUUGAGAAUGAUGGGUCUUUGUCUAUCUUGCUGAAGCUUCUGAAGCAUGAGACUCUUUCGAGGAGCCAGACUACACGCGCGUUCAUUGGAGUUCUGUUAGACGGGGAGCCUGACGCAGGUUUGUUGGAUGCGAUUCAACUGACACUGGAGAAUGGCGUCAGACUCGAACCCGCCAUCAUGUGCACGCCAUUCCUGGAGGCAGCCACAACGUUCUGCCAGCGUUGUCCGGAAAAGAGGCGAGUCAUGCACAUGAUCGACUUCAUUGCCAAGGGGGUCGAGAGCAUUGACAACAGCGGCGGCCUGGAGCAUAUUGACUUCUUCAUGUGUCUCUGUCGCGGUAAUAACGAGCGGCUAAAUAUGGACUCCGCUAAUUUUACUGAGGUUGUUCUUGACAAUAUCUCGGUCUGGGCCCCGACUUUGCUCAUUGAUAAGGACGAGACUGUCCGUCGCCAUAUGCAGAAUAUCCUCGACGAGAUGAUCUUCUACGAUAAGAUCGUGGAGGACAACGCAGAGGACUCUGGACAGAAUGGCGAAGGGCAGACCAUUAUCACACCAGAGCGGCGCCAUAGCAUUUGUCGUCGGCUGCUGAACGCAUGCAUCGAGCGGCUCAAGUCAGCAUUCCUGACCGAACAGCUCAGUCAUAUUGACGCCAGACUGCUUGAGAACAUUACCCCGGUGAUCAACUAUUGUUUGGCAACUUUUUAUGACGACUCUGAGACGGACCAGCAAGAAGUUCAACAGGCCAAUGAACUCCUCUCCCUCCUUAAAUCGAUGUCGCUCGAAGAAGUCCCUGAUGACCCGCCUUCCGAAUCGGACAUGGCCUCAGUUGAGGAAUGGGACGCAAACUCAGCGAUCGCAUCUGAUUCCGAAAUGGGGGUCGCUGGAUCUCCUUAG